AUGCGCCAAUCUCUGACUUCAGCCACCCCGAUUCCCACCAGUCCAGUCGGUCGACCUCGGAAUGUUGUUGAUGGUCUUUCCUCUAUUCCCUGUCCAGGGUUGGUUGGAUCAUUAUCCGGUACUGCUUCUUCUGGUUCACAAGAUCAGCCCAGUGGAUUAGGUUCCCCGAGCUCAGCAACUACGCCCUGCAAUAGUACUGGUGGCCUCGGCGUGACUAAUGCCUCUCUGGGUCUUUUGCCUGAGUUGACGGUCAGCGAUAUAGAGACACAGUUAGGGCCAUCUCUGAUGGCCAGUGGUGUUGACUCUACAGGCAUGGAUAGCAUCUUUGGCAGUGUUGCAGAGCAGACUCCUCCCGGAGCUGUAAGUGGCGGCGGUAGUAACAGUGGUUCUGCUGUGGGAGGAUUAGAAGGUGGGCUUAGUGUCCUGGGUGUUCCUGGCGGAUUGGUUAGCAGCUUAGGAGCCACUGGCUCUUUGCCAGUUCAAGGGAGUACCACAACAUAUGUGAGCACCGCUGUUUCCUCGACCAAAGUCGCAGAGACCACUUCUAUUGCUUCCUGUUCAUCCUCUUCGAACUCUGCAUCACCUAUCUCCAUUGGAUCUGGAUUUCGUGCUAUAGGCAGCAAUCCUAUUCAACAAUCAAACAAUGGAGUUAGCAUUCCUGGUCUUCCUCUGUCAACCUCUGGUGGUCUUAGCCCCUCGCGACACUCGAUUGCCUUAACAGAUCUUUCUAUGGCUUCGCAAUCACAAUUGGAAGCUUAUAACUCUGGACAAGGGCACCAACAGCAUGUAUUUGUUGGACAGUCUUUGACUAGUAGGCAAUCUGUCCAAGGUCAGGUCAUAGAUGAUCACGCUGUGGGUCAUUUGCAUCAGAUGCAUUCUGCGCAAGGGCACCAUAUUCAACUUGCAGUGGCUGGGGCCGCAUCUUUUCUACCACAUCGUGGCAGUACCACCGGACCUUCGGAUCAAAUUAGUCUCGCUUUGCCUCAUACCUCGACAGCUUCUGCUUCUACUGUAUUUACCCAAGCGAGUGUCAUAACCCAAUCUUCAGUUAAUCAGCAUCAGCAGCAACAGAUACAUCCUCAUAAUGCUUCGUCAACUCAGACUAGCCCAGUAUUGGCAAUUCGUCAGACCGCUGCACCCGCCUCCAGUGUUUGUGUUCAGUCAAUUUUGCCAUGUGGUCCCUCAAAUCGCAUUUCUACCUUUUCCCAGCCAGAUAACCUUUGCCUUGCAUCCACUCCAUCUAAUCAUCUUGUCGCUCCCUGCCUAACUGAAGCUAUUAGCCUUGUUGGUAGUGGAUCUUCUACUCCACAUUCGCAAACAGCAAUGCCGAUUCAACAACAGCAGCAAACGCAAGUGCUGACAGCUGGAACUCCUGGCUCCAGUCCAAACACGACCUCGGGUAUCAGUGGAUUUGGAACCGGCCAUCAUCACCAUCACCUUUUACCGGCAACUUCGAAUGCAUAUCACACUACUUCUCCAGGGUUUGUCAGUCUACAGACACAACAACAUCAACAGACGCCUCCUCCUCCUCCACCACCUUAUCCAAGUCAAAGUCUUCGCCCUACAUGGCAGAUACACCAGCAGCACCAGCAACAGCAGCAGAAGCAGCCGCAACUGAACCAGCAGCAGUUGCUACAACAUCACUUACAAGGCCAUCAAAUACUCCGGACUCUUCCUCCGAAUGCUCAAAGCCUUUCAGCACAAUCUACUGUGAGCCAGCGAAUGCCAGGAAUGCACAUUCCAGUUAGUCAAUCGCAAGCCACACUUUUCGUCUCAUCUCCUGGAUCUCUGGGUAGCUCCAUUCAGCAGCCUCAUCAUCAACACCAACAACCACUACAUUCCCAUAGCCAACAGUCUUCUGGCAUGAUGCAGCAACAGGUUCUGAACAGCCGGUCUAACACAGUAGGGAUCACUGCUUCCAGCCACCUAAUGCUCGCCCCCUCCACCGUACAAUCUCCCACACAGAUUUAUAGCUCGUGUCAACUGCCUGGACAGAUAUCCACUGAUUCGGUCACUUCUGCCAUACCUUUAGCUCCAGAUCAUCAGCAUCAGCAACAACACACUCAUCCACACCAACAGACUCAACUACAACAGCUUCAUCAAAACUUGCAACAACAACAACAGCAUUCUGCUGGCUUGCGCAUUGUUCAGUCGUCGCCGGGUCUGGUCGUCGCCUCUGAUUCCUCUGCACAAGCAUCGCAUUCUAACCCCACCCAGCUUCAACCGCAUCUCCAGCAGCAUCAUCUGCAUUCCUCAAGCCAUCUACAGCAGCAACAACAGAUGCAACAGCAACAACAGCUGCAGCAGCAACAAAUGCCAUCACAGGCGCAGCAGCAAAAAGAACAGCAAAUAGUUCCCAAUAAUCAUUCAAAUGGUAUUCAACAAAGCCAUUCACAGUCGCCUCAGCAACGCCAACUGACUACACAAUUGGCAGCUUAUCCUGUAUCGAAUCAUUCCAUUAAUCAUCAACAAAUGCAGCUUCAGCAACAGCAAAAGCAGCAACAACAAUCACAACAAACGUUGUUACAAAAACAAACUCCCUCCCUUCAACAACAACAACCCCCAGUGAGUGUUCAUCAAAGAUCCACAGCAGGCCCUAUUUCCAAUCUUCAGGCUCCUUCCAGCUCUACCAGCAUAAGGCAACCAUUGAGUCAGCAGCUCUCAGAUACAUCAUCUAGUAAGAUAAACAGACGAAUACAGACUAUCUAA